GGCAGGCGACGGCCGCCAUUUUGUCCAGGGAGGACGAGGGGAGUGUGGGCCCAGGCGGGAUCGAGGCGGUGGCGAAGAAGUAGCAGCGCGCGCGCGAUCCCCUCUCGCGCUCUCCCCCGGAAUCGUGAUGCAUCGUGACUCGUGUCCACUGGACUGCAAGGUUUAUGUUGGUAACCUUGGCAACAAUGGCAACAAAACUGAAUUGGAGCGAGCUUUUGGCUACUAUGGGCCACUGCGGAGUGUGUGGGUGGCUAGAAACCCUCCCGGCUUUGCUUUUGUGGAAUUUGAAGAUCCACGAGAUGCAGCUGAUGCAGUAAGAGAGCUAGAUGGAAGAACGCUGUGUGGGUGCCGCGUCAGGGUGGAGCUGUCCAAUGGUGAAAAACGGAGUCGGAACCGUGGUCCGCCUCCAUCAUGGGGUAGGCGCCCUCGAGAUGAUUAUCGCAGAAGAAGUCCUCCUCCUCGCCGCAGAUCACCGCGAAGGAGAAGCUUUUCUCGUAGCCGCAGCAGGUCCCUCUCCAGAGACAGAAGAAGAGAGAGAUCGCUGUCCCGGGAAAGAAAUCACAAGCCUUCUCGUUCCUUUUCCAGGUCUCGUAGUCGCUCUAGGUCAAAUGAGAGGAAAUAGGACUUUCGGGAGAAGCUGUGUACAGGAAGUUAGAUCUGAGGACAGGAAGAGGAAGAGUAUGUACAGAACACUGUUUUGUUUGAGACUUCACAAAGCUCAGAGCAUUUUAAAAACAUUUUAGCUGUUAAACUUGCUUUGUUUCUUGUAUCUUGUAACAGGUGACAGAUGUAAAGAUGUGAAUCUGUAUAUGGUUCUGAAGAGAUCAUAUGAUUUGUAAUACUACUAAACUUAGUGCUUUACAAUGUACCCUUAUGCAUAAUUUCUAGUUGCUUAGAAUGGUACUUGGUUUGUACCGCAUAGAUGGAAGAAUGUUUCUGGUCCCUAGUGCAUUUUGGAAUCUCUUUGCUGGGAAUCUAAGUUUUGAAACUUGCAGUGAAAACAUUUGAAUAUUCAUUGCAGCAUUUUUUUCUAACCAAACUGAAUUCAGUCUAUGCAGAACAAGAAGUGUCUGCUUUCCAGCCUGGUGGGGGAGAGAUGGAGAUGCAAACCAAUAAAAGGUUAAGGGAAUGAAUGAAUUCCAGUUGGUGUUAUCCAAAGCUCCUUAAGUUGUAACUUUGUAUUAGCUGGAACAGCUAUUUGCCACUAUGUGAAAUGUAGGUUUUUUAAUCCCAUGGGUCAGUAAAUUCUGUAUUUCCUGCGAUUAGAGCACUGCUUUUAAUAGAUGAUUGUCUAACCAUCCAGUCCAGAGUGUUGAAGCAGACCAAAUUAUACAAUAAAACUGACAACUGGAGUGGAUGGUUUCAGUGUGUAAUGGUACAUUGUAAGUGUGAGAAAUAACAUUUCUUUACUGUACAAGAAUUUUCAUGUCACUUGUAAAAUGUUUUUUGUGAGAUUCUUGGGAUUAAAGUUUUGGUUACAAAUUGUUGUAAGUAUUUAACUUUGAAUACCUACCGUACAUUUCCAUGCAGAACGCACUCAAAUCUGGAUGGUUUGGCAUAAUUUAGCUCAAAUAGAACACUGUUCUAAAGUAUUACAGUCAAAUUGAAGCCAUUCAUGUUAUCUUAAUACCUCUUCAACAGUAAAUUUAACCAUAUGGAAUAUGUUUAGUUGCAAGAUGCAGGUUAUUAGUGUGGUUAAGUUGAAACCACCUGCUGCUUGGAAAUAGUUGAUUGUGCUCCAUAACAUUUCACACUUCAAGUGAUGAGGUCACUAAAUCUAUAGCUGGUUUACAAUACUACUCUUCCUGACACAAACUAGCCUUCUGACUAGACAGUCUAGCAGAUUCAGCUUUGAAUUCAAUGCCUGCUGUUGGGCUUCAGUAAUGCUUGCCUAAAAAAAAAAAAAAAAAA